AUGUCAUAAAAAAGCCUUGAUGAAAUCUAUAAUGCUCCAGCUGUAGCCCAUGAUAGCUAAGUGUCAUUGAAAUCUUCAAAUGAGAACGAACCAGCCCCAUCAAAAGUUUAAUAGCUAAUAUCUGAGAUUUUUCGUAUCUGUCUAUGUAGAAAUGAUGACUACAAUCUAGUAAUUUCUUCAUUAUCGAAGAAAAAUCAGAAGAAAAAAUCUGAAAACAAAGAAAAGUUGAUAAAAGAUCUCAGGAAUAGAGAGGAGGAUAGAUAAUCAAGAGAAGCUGAUAUAAUUAAAGAUCUGUAGCCUGUAAACAAAAAUUAUUAGUCAAUUGAUAAACACUUAAGGAAAAUGAUAAGAAAAACCCUUUUACUAACUCUCGAUCCUAUCCCACAAUAGUAAAAGGAGUAAGUUUAGAGCGUUCUUUAAGAAAAUUAUCCUUCUUACUUGCAUCUAGCAUCAAUCAUGAAUGAAAGAACAUAAGAUGAAAAAGAUACUUUCGGCAAGGUCAAACUUAGUGAAAUCAAAGUGGGACGUCACAAUUCACAGUUCUUUACAGAGGAGAAGGUUGAUGCGCUAAUUGAAACAUAUAUUACAUGUCUCAAAUUGCCAUACGAAUUGAUCUUAAAAACUAUCGACAGAUCUAGAGAUAGAUUUAUAAGAGAAUUCGCUAAGUUUGAAGCAUUUUUUGAAUAGGCUAAGUUCUUUACAGAGGAUGGAGUGAAAGAUAGAAAAGAAAAAGUUAAGCUUAAGGUAUUCAUGAGUCAAGUUUAUGGAGCUUAAAAUAUUUAGGAAAAUAAAACAAAAGGUGCGAUAGAAAUGUAUUAAAACAUUCCACUCUAAGAUUAAGCUCUAAGAAUGCUCUAAGUUCAUAAUUCUAAGGUAGAGAAAAUUCUCAAAGGAUUCAGAACCUAAUAUGAGAUAAGAAAAACUGGAGGCCAAGCAGAUCCAUCAGUCAUGUCUAAGGAUAAUGACGAUGAAGAGGAUUCUAGCAGUGCAGAUUAAAUGUAAUUGCCAAAUUAAAAGCCAAAGAAAUCUGGACUAAGCAAGAUUAAGAAAAAUGUAAAAUCAAAGAAAGAUGUUGGAGUCAUCAUAUAAAUGAAAGGAUAGGAUGGAAAUUUGCAGACCUAUGAGGAAUCAAAAGAUAAGUCAAGAAGUUCAUCUCGAUCUGAAAAGGAAAACAAGACUGAGAUUAAGGAUAAGAAAAUCAAAAAGAAAACAACUUCUAAAGGAGUUAUACAAAGUGAAUAAACAUUAGAAAUGCUUAAAAAUGUUCUUGGCUCUAAAAAAUCUGUGAAAACAGCCAAAGAAUCUUCUUCUAAAAAUGAUGUGUAGAUUUAUGAUGACGAGAAUGAAGAUGGCAAAAAUGUAGUAUUAAAGCCUAAGCCAAAAACUGUGGAUAAAAAGCCUGCCAAAAAAGUUGUAAAAAAGAAGCCAUAGGAUACCAUGACAAAAUUUAUUGAUAACUUUGGCGAAUCUCCUCAUCUUUAAGCAAUAGAAGAUAGCUAUCUUAAGUUUUUAGAAGCUUAAUAUGCAAAAGAAUCUCAUUUGAGAGAAGUCAAGAAAUUCCAGAUUAUGUAUGCACUAAAAAAGAUUUAGAGAUUUUGGAAAGUUAAAUACUAGCAAAUUAGAAACUAUUGUGCAAUGAGAAUAUAGAGGACAGCUAGAAAUUUUAUCCAAAGCUUAAGAAUAAGAGCCUUAAAGCUUUACAAGAUCAGAAAAAGUCUUCUAUUUUUAAAGCUUUAAUCAGCUCUCAUAUUGUUUGCAAAGUAUAAUAGAGUAAAGAAAUCUUAAAUUAAUAGCUAAGCAUUAAAGUCUAUAAAUCAAAGUAAAAUAAUAAAAAUUUAAGGUAUGAUCAGAACAAGAAUAGCUAAAAAACGAGUUAAGUUUAUGAUAUUGCUAAGAAAGCUGAGAAUAAAACAAUUUUUCAUCAGGAAUUUAAGAAGCUAAGGUUUAAUCAACAGAGAAAUAAGGGAUAAAGAAACUUAUUACGUCUAAAGAUAUGCUUUAGCAAAAGUAGAAAUUGAUUCGAUAAUGAAAUAUAUUCAAAAGGCUGAAGAUAAAUUUGAAUCAAAUUGGCUUGACUAUGAAUCCUAGCUGGAAAAGUAUCUGACUUAAAAUAAGUAAUAUAAAGAUUGGGCUUAAAAGAAGGAUGAUUGUGGUAAUGUCUAUUGGAUAAACCUAAAGACUUUGAAGGAACAAAAAGAACAUCCAGGAAAGACAAUAUUUUUUGCGAACAAAAAAAUACUGAAGGCUAAGGCUGAUGAGGAACUAAAAGAAAAUUUUAGACCAAUCUAUGAGAGAAGAAUUAGAAUACUCGAAACUAUAUUUGACAUUAAGAGUAAGAUUCAAAAUGAAAACCAUCAGAGAAGAAGAGAAAUACUAUUUAGUGAAUAAACUAAUCAAUGA